CUCAUAUCCUGCCGAUAUCGGACGUCGUAGUCCGGAAAAGUGCCUGUAAAGAGUACCUUCAUUCUGAAGCCUUACAUGCACUUCUCUAAUCUACCAUGAAUAAAUUCAUCAUCAACAGAAAUAGUCUCUGCAGUGAUUAUCUUCAUCAAGAAAAAAGUGUCAAGACUAUAAAUAGAUGACCAAUUAAAUUUCUAUCAUGUCGUCAGAGAGCGAACGCCAAUUUCUUUGCCCACGACUCAUCGACUACUUAACAAUUGUUGGUGUCAAGUCUUGCAACAAUACAAAAUCUAGCUCCAGCACUUCUGUACAAGCUCCGGAACUCCUGCGGCGCUACCCAGUGCAAGAUCACAAAGAUUUUCCCAUGCCUCUGGACAUGGUUUACUUUUGCCAACCGGAGGGUUGUUCAACGGUUGGUCCAAAAAGGAGUGCCCUACGGGAAGCCCAGUCUUUCGUGUUCGCUUUAACUGACAAAGAUUCCGGAAAAACUCGGUAUGGAAUAUGCGUCAAUUUUUACAGGCCAGUCGAAAAAACUUCAGCGGGAGGUGGAGGGGGUCGAGGUAAUUCGUAUUUACGGCGAGAUUCGUGGAGGAAAAGUAUGGAGAAAAGUUCAGAUUCCGCGUUUUCAAGUGAUUAUAGAAGUAGCAAUAUUGGUCCCAGUGAUUCAGAAAGAGAUUUUCCGAGUCGGAGAGAUUCAGAUGCUGUUGGGCAGCCUGUACCAAAUACGACACAGUCGUGCGUUAGAUUAGGAAUCACUCCGAUUCCUAAUGAUUCAGAAAGUGGCGGUAGUCAUUCGCCAUCACCAAGAGCCAGCAGACGAAGACAAAAAGUUCGAAAUAAUUCCCUAACAUCCCUUUGCUUGUUAUCACAUCAUCCGUUCUUUUCGAUGUUUCGAGAAUGCUUAUACGUACUGAGAAAAAUAAUAGAUGCCUGUAAUGAAUCUUCUAGUUCAAAACGAGUAGGAGCCAGUAGGCAAGCAGGACGGGAUACUGUUUGGAGUGUUUUAACGGGACAAGCUACUGACACCACCCCUUCGAUAAUACUACACGAUGUUAGAGAGAUAGAAACUUGGAUACUCAGACUGCUUUCAGCUCCAGUUCCAAUUCCGGGAAAAACUAAGGUGGAAGUUGAAAUAAUUUCUUCAAAUAUCCAGGAACCCCUGUGUUUUGCCUUACCCGAUCAUACUCGAUUUAGUCUUGUAGAUUUUCCAUUGCAUUUACCCUUAGAGCUUUUAGGUGUCGAAACUUGCCUUAAGGUGCUAACUCUUAUUUUAUUGGAGUAUAAGGUAAUUCUGCAAUCAAGGGAUUACAAUGCCCUUUCAAUGUCUGUGAUGGCCUUUGUUACGAUGAUCUAUCCCUUAGAAUAUAUGUUUCCUGUAAUACCACUACUACCAACUUGUAUGAGUUAUGCUGAACAGCUGCUCUUGGCUCCAACUCCGUAUGUAAUUGGACUACCCGCUACUUUUUUGAUGUACAAAAAGAAUUUCAGAUUGCCCGAAGACAUUUGGGUGGUGGAUUUAGAUUCAAAUAAGUUGUCUAAUGUUGGGUCUAGCAUGGAAAUACCUUCUUUGCCAGAACCUGAAUCCACAAUUCUCAAAAAUCACCUUAAACAGGCUAUGCAACUGAUGGAUCAAGUCGGCUCUGGAGCUUUGAGUGGCCUCACUGCUACAACUUCGCCAACAUUCCAGUCUUUACCUGUAAAUCGUGAGGUACAACCUGUUGGUAACACUUUAAGUGUAUCAAUGAGUAAAAGUAAAUCCCCAGAAACAAGUCCCAUUAUGCGAAACAAACCGUUCAAAAGUCUUCCAUCACCAUUUUCUCAACCUGCAACCCCACAACAACGGAGCAACGCUGUUUCGCCAGUCUCCCCAAUUCCGUUUAACCCCAUCAUUUAUGGGAACGAUGUAGACUCGGUCGAUGUGGCAACAAGGGUUGCUAUGGUGCGCUUUUUCAAUUCUCAAAAUCUCUUGGCCAAUUUUACGGAACAUACCAGAACACUGAGGCUUUACCCAAGGCCUGUGGUCGCCUUUCAAAUAAACAGCUUCCUAAGAUCAAGACCUAGGAGUUCUCAAUUCAUCAAUCGUUUUGCCAGAACUCAAGCAGUCGAAUUUUUUGCCGAAUGGUCGUUAACACCAAGUAAUGUUGCAUUCCAAAGAGUUCAGACUGGUGUACUAGAUCCGUCUCAAAUCGGUGACAAACCUAAAUGGUACAUUCAGACGUUAGAGACCAUCAAAUUUGUUGUAUGGGAUGAAGGAAGUUCUCUCAAUAGUGCUCUAAAAUGUAUGCAGAAUCAAGAGAGUCAACCAACUGACGAAAGCGGUUCGGAUUCUGAAGGAGCCGAAAGUACUAGUUCCAGCUUUUCUUCAUUGAGCGAUUUUAUGUCAGAAAUGGUUUCAAGUGACAUUUCUCCAGGUGCCUCAAAUUAUGAAGCCAAACAUUCGGCUGCUCAAAAAAUGACUCUAUCAUCUAAUCUUGACCCUCAAUCGGUUUAUAAUCCUCCUUCUGAGUUAAGAUAUCCUGAGAAUUUCGUUCCGGAAAAGUCGAGCAGACCAAGUUCUCCUCAAUCAACAUCAAGCAGUCAGUCUGAUCUAAGUUCGCCAUCUUUCAAUAGAGAUUCAGAAUCAGAAAUGGAUCAACGCCGUAAAAACGAUAUCCCCACUGCUAAAGAGGAAAAGGAAGAGGUUGGAUCAAUUGAAAACGAAUCUGAUUCCAAUUCAACGGCCACCCCCAGAACAGUUAUCAGUGGUGGAGCUGCCAAACCUGGAUCAUCAUCAAGUACCACAAGCGAAUCUACAGAAAAAUCGCCCAUAUCACGAAAAUCUCGAUACGUUCCACCUAUUACGCCAACUUUACAAAAACAACCUAGUAUCGGAAAUGUCCUUGCAAGAACUUCAAGCUUUGGAUCAUCAGGUAGCGGAAGUCCCGCUCUAUCAUCUGGUGGAAGUGUUGAUAAAGUUCAGAGACAAAGCAGUCAAGGUUCGCUGUUUGAGCAAUUCGCUUCUCAAGCCAAAGAGCUCAUGCUGGAAACUACACGACAAAGUAGCCAAGACGGAAUUCUUGCACAAAUGGACAAGUUCAAAACACAAGCUCGUGGUAAGCUGUCGGAAGCUGAGGAGAGCAGCUUAUUUGCUCCAUUUGACAAGUUGGCCAGUCAUGCCAAAAAGGCUGCAGAAGAGGCUACAAAAAGUGUCCAAGAAGCUGGCAAAACGGCAAUAGAAGCCAGUAAAAGUGCUGCUGAUGCCAGUAAAACAACAUUUGAAGAUUUAACUUACGUGGGAAAAUCAACUCUAGGCGAUUUGACAAAAGGCGCAAGAGAAGUUUCCAAAAAGGCUCUUAAAAGGACUGAUUCGGGAUCACAAAGUGGUUCAGAUUCUCGUAGGGGAUCGAGUAAUUCAUUGGUCCAUGCUAGUACCGGAUUAAUAGCUGGAACAAGUAGAGAUUUCUUUUCCAAUAUUAGCUCCGACCUUACCGAUAUUGCUCAAACAACGUCAAGUAUGUUUUCCGAUCUGUUUGGCAGUAACAAGUCUACAAGUAGAGCUCAAGCUCAACAACAACAACAACAACAACAGCAACAGCAUAGUCAGACGUCGCAACAGCAAAAAAUCACAAAAGAUACCAAAAGUGGUAUAUUUGGACCUUUCCCUCGCGGACCCAAAGGCCUGGUUGAAAAGAGCCCAUUAAUUAAACACACACCAAGAAGGCAAGACGAUUUUCAGAGAAUUCAGUCGGUUGAAAGAUCAACGACAAAUAUCGAAAACCAAACUUUCCUGAAAGAGGUUGUUAACCAAGUCCUAGAAGGAGAAGGCGUUGGAUGGUUGAAAUUAAAUCGAUUAAAGAAACUGAUGGAAGACGAGUCUUAUCGUAACUUUGUAUUGAGCAAAUUGAACAAAACUUUAGAGAGAAGAAUUGCUCCUGAUGAUCACAUAGACGAUGUAUGCGUUUCCAAAUCCGUCUGGAAGGGAAUGCUAAAAGUGCUGCUCGCCUCAGUUCACGGACUGGAAUAUACGUACAGUAACUUUGGAUUGGGCGGAAUGGCAUCAGCCUUCCAGUUGCAAGAAAUAGCGCAUACUCAUUACUGGAGCAAAGACUUGUCGGACUCCUUGUAUAGUGAUAAUCCUAGCCAUUUGUUGUCCUCUCAAGGUUCCAGUCCAAGGGGUAGUAAAGAAAACCUUUCUUCUCCUCAAAGUCCACGAAACUCCAUGUCACCCGACUGGGAUAGUUCUAGAAAAUCUUCUCACGCUGAACCUCCACAAGUCAGACUUCCACAGAGUGACGAAGCUGAUGUUGAGCAACAACAGUCAACUGCGGAAAUAUUUAAGGACAUGCUCAAUCAGAAGAAAAAUCUGUUAUUGAGCAAAUUGACGUCUUUUGAUUCCGAUGCUGAAAAUACCAUGCAUGGAUCUGGGGGUACAUUAUCUCCUGGUGGAUCAAUAACGACCGGUCCUGCUUGCAAUUUAAACCGGGGCGGAUUUCAAUCUUCUUACAGGUCAACAGUUUCUGAUACUGAAGUAGAAACGUUACAGUUCCCAAAACCAACGAAGCAACGUACAGCUAGCGUUUGGUCAAGCAAAUCAUCGCUGAGUACUGGGUUUAGAUACCACGGUGGACAUAUGGUUAACACGUUGACCUCACCCUCACCUGAAGUUGCAAGGACGUACCUUUUUGAAGGCCUUAUCGGGAAGGAACGUUCAUCCUUGUGGGAUCAAAUGCAGUUUUGGGAGGACGCCUUUCUUGAUGCAGUAUCGCAGGAAAGGGACAUGAUCGGAAUGGAUCAGGGGCCACGUGAAAUGAUGGAGCGGUACAAAAGUCUAAGUGAGACUGAAAGGAAAAGACUGGAACAUGAAGAAGACAGACUGUUGUCCACAAUGCUUUACAAUCUUACCGCCGUUUUAGUUAUGUUAAAAUGUAACAAAGCUGAGAUAAAGAAGAAAAUCAGAAGGCUCUUAGGAAAAUGUCACAUAGGUCUCGUUUACAGUCAAGAAGUGAAUCAACUACUCGACCAAAUAGAACAUUUGAAUGGAAAUGACAUCGAUUUAAAGCCUUCCCUAUCCAGAUUGCUACAUCGUCAAAGCUUUACUGUCCAUCAAGGGGUUAAUGGAGAAGGAGAAUUGAGAUUUAUGGAAGUCAGGGAUGAUGGUUUAGUUCUACGAUCAGUCUCAGGGGUUAUCAUAGAAAGAUGGUGGUACGAACGAUUGGUGAACAUGACCUACAGUCCAAAAAAUAAAGUGUUAUGUUUGUGGAGAAGAUCCGGUCAGCAAACCCAGCUGCACAAGUACUACACCAAGAAGUGCAAGGAACUGUACUACUGCAUAAAGGAGGCCAUGGAAAGAGGAGGAGUGGCAGGAAAAGCUCCAGAACUAGGGGGCGAAUUUCCAGUGCAAGACAUGAGCACCGGAGAGGGCGGCUUACUUCAAGUUUGUAUGGAAGGGGUGGGUUUGCUCUUCGCAAACAGUAAGGAUUUUGAGUUCUUUGUAAGAAUCGACCACAUCAGAAAAUGUUUCACUCAAAAGGGAGGAAUUUUUGUUCUUGAAGAAUUCAAUCCAAAGACAAGACAAGUAAUACAGAGAAAAUACAAAUCUUCGAUGGCGGAUCAGAUAUGUUACGCAGUCCUAUGCGUCUUUUCUUACGUGGCUGCCGGGUCAGAAAAGCGGCUACAGCAUAGCAAAUCCGUCGGUCAAUCAUCAACAUUGAUAACGUCUUCAGUAAAUACAGCUACUGCAACUACAGCAUCUAUACCGACAACCACUAUAACGCAACCUGCACCUGACCCAUCGAAAGAAGAGGUCAAAGAACAACCGUCAAUCUCAAAACCUCAAGAAGUUAGUCGUCAAGAAUCAAUGGUAGAGAAUCAAGAGAGAACAACGAGGUUUUCUCAAAGUAUAGAGUCACCAACGAAAAGUGGCCAGUGUUCAAGUCCUCAACCAACAAAAAUGUAUUCUGAACAAUCGAUGGAUAACACUAAAAAGCAAAUGCUUGAACUUAAGCCAGCUGAGAUACCUGAACCAGGUACCGUGACACCAACGGGUGGUCCCCCUUCUUAUCCACCCCCUGAACUUCCAGCGGGAGUUCAACCCCCUGCUCCUCCACCCGGUACACGACCUUUAAGACCUCCCCCUAUACCUAGUCGAAGUAACCCCCCUCAACCGCCACCCAGACCACAGUGACGCAGAAACGGAAGAUACAGCUUACCGUUUAUACACAAUGAAGAUACUUGUCUAUUAAAUUCGUGUUUACCGUGGUUAUAAGUGAUAUAAAAGCGAAAAACAAAACGAUUUACUUAUAUAAUGAGCGGCUCUUACGGGUUGAUUCAUAAAUGAAUAAUGGUAGACGGGGGAAUUUCAUACUCUAACAUCAAAAUAAGAUAAUUCAACCAUAGAUACCUCAUUGUUAAUAAAAUAUUAGUUAUAGAAGAGUUAAGGGUGCGAAAUUGGAAAAUAAAUAAAUUUUAUUAUCAUUAUUUGUUUAGAUGGUUUUUAAUUGUUGCCAUUUAUUUGUUUAAUUGCUGCAUAGAAUGUAAAUUCACACUUUUUUCUUAAUGCCAUGCAGAGUUUGAUAAUAUUGAAGCGCAAAAAAUUGGAUGGAUUUAGCCGCUGGUGCAUAUAUUUUGAAAUUUUUUGAAUAAAUGCAAAUUUAUUAGGUUUAACAUUGCCCUAUGUCUCUUUAACGAUCAAUAUUUUAAUAAUAAGGCAUUUCUGGCUGAAUCACUUAUUGUAAUGUGUAAAAUCCGCAGUCGUUUGUGUGCCCCGCAUUCCUUAUAGAUACGUUAUCCUGUAUGUCCCCAAAAUUUAAUAAUACGAAAUUGCUUAAAACUAUUUUAAAUGAGUAAUAAUUUUAUUAUUUCCAGUUUUUAUCGAUUGAUUAAUAAUAAUUACAUUUUCAUCUUGAUAGGUACUACCUACUUGGUUUUUAAAUGCGCGAAUAUCUUCCAGAAGGUUUAUUUUUAGAUUAAAAUAGUAUUAUUAUUGAGUAUUGAGUAUUUUGAAAGUGUUUUUUUAAAAUUUUAAAACGAGAAGCAAUUGCCAAGUGUUUCUUAAUAUUUGUUCUCUUCGUGUAAAAUAUUAUGUUAAAUUGUUAUUCGUAUUAGGAAAGGACAUUUUGGAUGUUCACUAAGAUCCUGUACAUAUGAACGGAAAAAUAUUCAUUGAAACGGAAAAUAUUUGUACAUACCAACUAUAAGUAUAACCAAAUGGUAAAUGUGUGUAUUUCAAAUGUGUGUUAUUUCUCUUGUACAUACAUAUAUAGAUUGGUACAGUAACAAUUUUUGUAUUUUAACUAACUAGUUAAGUUAGAAACAACACACCGAGUAUUCCUAUAAUGUACAUACGUAAGCACUAUUAGCAAAUUUUUGACAUUUUAGGCUAGUUAAAAUUUCUUACAUUAAUCUAUUGUCUAUAUGUACUUUUCUCAGGCAAUAAAAAAAGAAAUUGCUUUUUAGCAGAUCGUGGUAAUUUUUAAAACAGUAUUAAACCAGUUAUUUAUAGCACACGAAAAACAAAAUGUUAUAUCUAUUGUGUUUAAAAUCGUUCGUGUCAACAAAAAUAUAGUAACUUUAUACCUUCGAACGUACUGAUUAUUAUCAUAGUUUGGAAUAUGUUCUGGUUGAAUUUUUCAAAAUAAAUAUUUUAAAUUGUCCA